ACUUGCAGUCCAGGUGAUUGAGAGAGACUAGGGAGAGUAUUGUCACGACAAAUAUCCGAAGGCUAUACGAGUUCCGAGUAUUCCACCGCUAUAAUUUCGGAAGAAUCUACAUUUUGCGGGAACGUAAAAUACGCGAAAGAAUCGACAAAUAAUUCAUUGGAAUGAAUUUUGCGAUUCCACAAAGGGAUUCAAACAACUAGGGGUUUGUAUCAUCACAUGAUUCGUUCAAACAAGCAAUCAAUGAUUUCGAAGAAGAAACAAAAAGCAAUUUUGUUGUGGUGAAGAAAGACAAGCUCUUUGGAAGCGACAGUGAAAGUAUAAAGCUUUUAAACUAAUUAGCCAAAGCAGUUGAAAAAUCAUUGGCGGGGGGGAUCCCCCAAUUGCCAGUCCCUUUGCUACGGCCCUGUAAAAUGACUUUUCAUCCAAAGUGACAACAGUCCAAGAAGAAAUAUAAAAUAUGCCGGGAAUAGACUAGUGGAUUUUGAAAAAUCAAAACACCUCAAAACGCGAUGUAAACGCGCGGAAACUUCGUCAGAACACUGAACGAGGUACACGCAACGACUGCAGCAAGUUUUAAACCAAAAUGCGUAGUGAAACGAUGUGUUUUUAUAUCUUUAUCCAAACUGCAUUACAUUCCCUUUUAUAAAAUAUAAAGCGCGCUGAUUGGCUGGCUACCGUGUUUAUAUCGGAGGACAAGGAAACGCUUGCGCGAAAUCAUUCAAAAAUAUUUUAUGAAAGCGAUAUAAAACGUCCGCGCUUGUCUAUAUACUGUGAUAUAAACACGACGGGAGCUGUAGAGCACUCGAGAAAGAAUUUUGCUGUCCUUACCCCCUCCCGGAGUGUAAAUUGCAUCAGCCAAUCAAAUACUUAGCGCAAAAGAACUCGCGCCAAAAUCCAAUAUGGCGCCUGUGCUAAUAAAAGUUGUGGUUCGAUGUAGCUCCCAGGAUUUAGUGAACGGAAAAGUAGAAAAUUUGCUACGUUCUCAAGUGGAUCCUUCGGCAGGACGAUGGACGUGCUCCAAACACGAUACUAACCAACGUCUAGAAGCUGAAUUCCAGUUAGAAAAAUCUUCCUUUAUCAACCAUGUAGAUAUUGGUAAUUAUGGAUCGGCAUUUGUUGAAGUAUUUGUUGGUAACUCAAUGUGGCCACCAGGGAAAGAAUUUAUUUCGCUCCUUCCUUCGGCAAUGUUGAUGCUGCCUGCUGACUGCAAGCAGUGGAGGCAGACAACUUCAGUCAGGAUGUUCCAUGAAGAAUCAUUUAACAAAAGAGCCUUGAAGGAAAAGUGGGAUUGUGUCCGUGUCAUAUGCAGGCAACCUUACAGGAAAGACAAGCAAUUUGGUUUGUCUUUCAUUCGCUUUGGAACUAAAGAUGAGGAAGUGACUUCUUCAAAAUCACCCAUUAAAGAAGAAAGCUAUUCUGCUUUAAAUGGUUCACCUUUUUCAACACCAAAAGGCAAAACAUUUUUAUCACCCAGGCUGAAGAAGAGCUCUAUCAGAGGCAACAGCCCAGAUUCACCAGGUGAGUUGACAUGGGCAUCAAAAGUGCUUCAAGCUGCUCUUGAUACCAAGUCCAAAAGACCAGGCAUAAGACCAGGUAGCAGGUCCAAAGAUGAUUCCAUUCUCGAUGAUGACGACGACGAUGAUGACAAUGACGAUUUUAAAAAUCAUAGUAAUAGAAAGACCUUGUAUAAAAGACCAAGCAGUGAAGACAUAGAAAUAUUUGAGUGGAAGAAAGGCAGAGUUCUAGAACCACCUGAUCAAAAUGAGAACUCUUGGAUUAUAAAUGAAGAUAUAGAGGAUGAAGCGAGGUGCUUUUUGGAUGGAAUAGACUUCACUAAAAUAGACCUGAAUAAAGUUACAUACUCAGAUUUGCGCAAUAAAAUGGAAGAACAAAGAGGAAGAAAACUGAGCAAAUAUGAAAAAAAGACUUUCCUGAAGAUUGCUAGAGAUGCUGUUGCCCGUGUUAUGGAGGAUGAAGGUAAUAGUAAUGAAUCUGAAACAUCCCACGGAAGCAAGAAGAACAAUAGGUGUACCCAGCAAGUCCAAGAAGAAGAGAGAUCCCAAGACCAUACAGUUAACAGAAGAUCUCAGCCUAAAAAGAUGACAUCUAGUUAUAAUAUCGAUGAUGACAUCUUUACAGAUACAAAGCUUUCGCCUAGAAAAGAGGAAUGUUCUACAACGGUGUCGCCAACACUUAAAAAUAAUGAAAACAGAGCUCCUUCAGAAACGGAGCAGUUUACGGAGUGUCCCAUUUGUGGUGAGCUUUUCUCGUCGUUUGUCGUAGAAGGGCACGCUGCCAGUUGCAUGAACUUUGCUCAAAACAGCGCCUCUGACGAUGGCACUGAUAAUUCCAAUUCUUUAGUUGAAUGUCCUAUUUGUUCCAGACAGUUUUCUUCCGAAAAUAUCAUGGAUCACGCAAACUACUGCGCAGAAACAACUGGAAGGAACGAAGAUCCAGAAGCCAUAAUCGCUUUGUAGAUAAAAUUAUCAACAUAUCCUAUAAUAGUAGAUCAAUAGUUUUCAAAGAUUUUAUGAUAUAUAUUGUAAAUACUUAUUGCUAAAAAGACAAUUUGCAAAUUGUCUAACCGAAUGGUGGAAAUAGAGAAAUGCGUGGCCAGUUUGGAAUGUAAGGCCAAACAUUUUUUUUUGUUUGUGUACGAAACAAAAACAAAAAACAAAGCAAAAAGAUACAUAUGCUAUGAUAAGUCAAAUAUGUUGGUCAAGCGUGGUCGUGGUUUCCAAGGAACUCUCCUAAUUUCUCAUUUCACAAGACAACCCAUUAUAAAAUGUGAUUAUAUUAUGGGCUACGUUUGACGUCAUAGCCGCCAUGUUGGAUUCUUUUGAGGCAAGAUUUAUCCGCAAAAGAGAGACUUGAUGGACCUUUCUUAAAAUUGUCUUGAAUGUGAGGCUAACAUGGAAAUACAAAAGAAAUUCCAUGAAGAAAAAGUGUGAUGUCUUUUGUAUAUUUUUGCAUGUUAGCCUCAAAUCCACGAUACUUUUGAGGAGGGUGCAUUGAUAGCAUGAACUGAAAAUAUUAGUACAUGAGAGAUGAGGCGGUAAGCCGUGUGGGAUGGGCUCGGAAAUCAUAUAAGAACAUGCGUAAUAGGUAAAAGGCUCUUAAUUUACCUAUUACGCAUGUCCUAAAAAUAUUAGUAAUGAAUUACUGAGAGAAAAAGACAGUUAAUGCCAAAAGGUAUUGGUUAUCAGUACUAGAGCUGAUCGAGCGAGUUUUUUCUUGGCGCUUUCUGAACCAACAUAGCGGUUACCGUUAGAAUGCGGCGCACUUCGUUUUCACAUUGAAAUGUAUCAUAAGGAUUUUCAAAAUUCCGUAAAGCUGUAUGCUACUUAGCUUUGAAGUUAGGGAAAUAAAAAAUAAAAAAAUAGUCU